CUUUUGGGUGCUCUUUAUGGAGACAACGUUCACGAACAAGCCUUAUCGGAGGCGCGAAUACAAACACCACGGACCUACUGUAGUCUAAACCGAACUAUGGCAUCGAAAUUCGGAUUCGUUGUGAUUUUUCUCAUGUACAUCAGUUCCACUUCUGGUAAACCCGAUGUGCACGUGCCAAAUCAACACGAGGUCGAUGCCGUCAUUGUGUUGCUGGAUGUUCACUAUAACGAACACCUAUGCCUGGAGCUACUGCUCGUAGAUUGCGCUACGCAUGUCACCCCGGGAGACGAAAAAGUGUGCGGAUCGGACGGAAAAACAUACGAAAACCACUGUUACUUUACUCACGCGCUGUGCGCUCGACUACACUCGGACUCCAAACUCCACUUGCAAAACCAUGGCGCAUGCGUCGUUACGAGCACUGUUGCUAUGACAACGGUAACCAACGACGUACCGACAGCAACACCGGAGGCCUCCACCACUGUCAACCCGAUUGCCGCUGUUGUGCAAAAUGUGUUCUGCCAAAAUGUCAACGCCAUUAUCUGCGCCUCGACUUUUGACGUCGUGUGCGGAACGGACGGGAACCUCUAUCCAAACCGGUGCGAGCUUUCCAAGGCGAAAUGCAAGAACCUGGCUUUAACAAUCGACCCUGAUGUCAGCCACUGCAUGUCCGGGAAAAAAUAAGCGUCGUUCUGGAAAAACUGGGCUUCUUGAGUGUGCGUGAAUUGUCUUCCAAGAUUAGCCCGUGCAUGCCGCACAGGCUAAGCAGUGACGACACUUUUCGCCUAAACUAGAUUUUAGCUAGGAUGAAACUUUCUUUUAACGAAAAUUACCAUACAAGCGGAAUGUUGUCCCAGAUUAGCCUGUGCGGACUUGAUAGGCUAAUCUGGGAUGACAAUUUACGCACAUACAUGAAGCCCGGGAGAAAAUUAGCUGCGAUGCUUCUCUAUAUGAAAGCUUGAGGCUGCUGGAAGUACCGAAAUCAACAUGAAUAUAUGUUCUUGUUAUUUUGAAAUACAAAUGCUUAUUUUGAUUAUGCUUAUUUUGAUUAAACUCAAUUAAACACUGA